CUGCGGUUUGGGCGGCUCUGCUUCCGUGUUGACUGACGCGUGAGCUACGUGCAAACGGAUGCGGUGUAAAUGGAAAGAAGUGUGAUGGCCGUUUCAUCGCUAGAAAGGCAUUUAAGCGAAGUACUUCUUGUUUAGAGCCGAACUGGUGCGAUACAUCGUUUCUACAUGUCUUCACUUGGAUGUAGUUGCCCAGGAUGACCCAAUCUCGACCCAACGAGUUUAUUCCACCGCCUGAAUGUCCUGUGUUUGAGCCUAGUUGGGAAGAAUUCGACGACCCGUUUGCUUUUAUCAGCAAAAUACGUCCCAUUGCAGAAAGGACUGGUGUUUGUAAGAUCAGACCGCCGCAGGGGUGGCAGCCACCAUUUGCCUGUGAUGUGGACCAAUUACAUUUCACCCCACGCAUACAGAGGCUCAAUGAAUUGGAGGCUCAAACAAGAGUUAAGCUCAACUUUCUGGACCAGAUAGCCAAGUUUUGGGAACUACAGGGCUGCUCGUUGAAAAUCCCUCAUGUGGAGCGUAAAUCACUUGACCUGUACCAGCUCUAUACGUUGGUGGUGGAGGAGGGAAGCUUUGAUGUGGUAUGCAGGGAACGGAAAUGGACUCAGAUAGCUCUGAAGAUGGGUUUUGCUCCUGGCAAGGCUGUUGGAUCUCACUUACGUGCCCACUAUGAGAGGAUUCUCUACCCUUAUUACCUCUUCAAGAUAGGGGCCAACCUUCUGAGCUCACAGAAACCCACUCUUACAAAUGAUACCAAAGAUAAGGUCUAUAAAUCUCAUGACUUGCCCCAACGACAGUCUGUAAAGCCUUCAGAAAUCUCCUCCAUUGCUCGUAGAGCCAAACGUUCUAAAAUCACUUUAAAGGGUCGUUGUUUUAAACACGAACAGGAGGAAGAGUUAAAUAUCAGACCCAACCUGAGAAGGAGAAUGGGCUCUUAUGUGGUAAAACUAGAAGCAGUCAAUGUGAAACAGGAGCCUAUGGAACAAGCUGAAUCACUCCCCAGUGGAGAAAAAACGAAGGUGGAACAGUACAUGUGUUUGGUGUGUGGGGGAGGAGGUGAUGAGGACAAACUGUUGUUGUGUGAUGGCUGUGAUGACAGCUACCACAUAUUCUGUCUUAUCCCACCACUCCAUGAUGUUCCCAAAGGGGACUGGAGGUGUCCCAAGUGUCUGGCACAGCCAUUCAGAGUUGGACUUGCUGGUGUGUUUGGGAUCAUUGUCCUGCUGCAGAACCCAAGUUUGUGGUUUCAUUUAUCAGAGCAAGUCCUAAAGGUCCUGAAGCAGCAAAACAUCCCCAGACCAUCACACUGCCACAACCAUAUUUUACUGUUGGAGUGCGGCAAGCCUCAGGUUGCGUUCGGCUUUGAACAGGCUCCCAAAGACUACACACUCCGCUCCUUUGGAGAUAUGGCAGACUCCUUCAAGUCAGACUAUUUCAACAUGCCUGUUCAUAUGGUCCCUACCGAACUGGUUGAGAAGGAAUUUUGGCGUUUAGUUAGCACCAUUGAGGAAGAUGUUACAGUAGAGUAUGGGGCAGACAUUGCCUCAAAGGACUUUGGCAGUGGCUUCCCUGUCAGAAAUGGCACUUAUAAAGUCCUGUCAGAUGAUGAGCAUUACCUCAGCUGUGGCUGGAACCUGAAUAACAUGCCAGUGCUUGAUGCAUCUGUGCUGACUCACAUCACAGCUGACAUAUGUGGGAUGAAACUGCCUUGGCUCUAUGUGGGCAUGUGCUUCUCCUCUUUCUGUUGGCAUAUUGAGGAUCAUUGGAGUUAUUCUAUAAACUAUUUACAUUGGGGAGAGCCAAAGACAUGGUAUGGGGUUCCUGGCUUUGCAGCAGAGCAGUUGGAAGCAGUGAUGAGAAAACUUGCCCCUGAGCUCUUUGAGUCUCAACCAGAUUUGCUUCAUCAAUUGGUCACAAUCAUGAACCCCAAUGUGCUAAUGGAGCAUGGAGUGCCUAUUUACCGCACAAACCAGUGUGCUGGUGAGUUUGUCAUCACCUUCCCCAGAGCAUAUCACAGCGGGUUCAAUCAGGGCUUUAACUUCGCAGAGGCUGUUAACUUCUGCACAGUAGACUGGAUACCACUUGGUCGACAAUGUGUAGAGCAUUAUCGCUCAUUAAACAGAUACUGUGUUUUCUCCCAUGAUGAGAUGGUCUGUAAUGUUGCAGCCAAGGCAGACAGCUUGGAGCUGGAGAUGGCCUCUGCCAUACAAAGGGAUAUGAGCGUUAUGAUUGAGGAGGAGAAAAAGCUGCGAGAAAAAGCUUACAAGCUGGGUGUUUGGCACUCCCAGCAGGUGGACUAUGAAGAACAGCCAGAUGAGGAGAGACAGUGUUCUAAAUGCAGAACUACCUGCUACCUAUCUGCCAUCACCUGUCCCUGCAGCCCUGGCCAGCUGGUGUGUCUACACCACCUCCAGGACCUCUGCUCCUGUAACCCUAACCGUUAUACAUUGAAUUAUAAAUACACAGUGGGCAUGUUGAACCAAAUGUUCAAGACUUUGGCAGCACGUGCUGAGACAUACAGUGACUGGGCUUCUAAAGUUAACAUGAUUUUAUAUGCUGACCAAGACAAUAAAAGUGACUUGGAGGAACUUCGUACACUGAUUGUUGAGGCAGAAAAAAUGAUGUAUCCUGAGAUGGAUUUGCUACUUCAUUUAAGACAGACUGUUCAAGGUGCAGAAAAGAGUGCCUUAAUGGCCCAACGGCUACUUAAUGGGAAAAGACAGACCAGGUAUCGCGCAGGUGGCGGGAAAUCUCAGAAACAUCUCACUGUAGAAGAGUUGAGGUUAUUUGUACAGCAGCUAUAUGACCUGCCCUGUACCAUUAGACAGGCUCCCUUUCUCAAGGCUCUGCUCUGCCGUGUCAGGCAGUUCCAGGAUCAGAGCUCACAUAUCCUGGCCAUAGAGAUGCCUAGCUCUUCAGCCCUGCAAGCUUUGCUGGAUGAGGGCUCUGGGCUGGAGGUAGAGUUGCCAGAGCUUGAUGUUCUCAGGCAGCGGCUAGAGCAGGCACACUGGGUUGAAGCAGUACAACAGGCCAGCAAGGAGCCUACCAGCCUCAGCCUAGAACGAAUGAGGAAACUGAUUGACCAAGGAGUGGGUCUGGAGCCACAUACCUGCGUAGAGAAGACUAUGGCCAACCUGCAAGAGCUGCUAACUGUGUGUGAACACUGCGAGGAGAAGGCACAAAGCAUGCUAAUGGCCAGACCUCACCAAAAUUUAGAGAUGCUGGAGGCACUGCUGCUGGAAGUAAGUAGCAUCCAGGCUUACCUGCCCAACUGUCUUCAACUGCAAGACUCAGUAAUCAGGGCUAGAGAGUGGAUACAGGAGGCAGAAGACCUACAGCUCAGUGGGCGUAUCCCUGUUCUCUCCUCUUUGAAUGAUCUGAUCUUGAGAGCUAAAGGCAUCCCAGUCCUUCUGUCACCUCUGGCACGGCUGGAAAGCCUUGUGUCAGAGGUGCAGGCCUGGAAGGAGAGUGCCAUGAAGGUUUUUUUGUUGAAGUACUCCUCUGUCUCCCUCCUGGAGGUACUCUGCCCUAGGUGUGAGACAAGGUGUCAGAAAUCAAAAUCAAAAAGAGUGAGAGAUGUUCCUCCAGCUAAUAAACAAAAUGGAAUAAAACUGAGCUGUCUUGGUGAUGUGGAAAGAGCACUGUCUGAAAGCAAAGAGAUGGCUUUAGCAAUGGCCACUCUGUGUGAGGUGCGUUUGAAGGAGCUGGAAUACCUGAAUAUCCUAAGGACCACAAACAAUGCAAAGUUUCUGCCAUCUAACAGAUUGGCUCCUACAGUGUGCCUAUGCCAUACAGUGCCAGCAGGGCCCAUGCUCCAGUGUGAACUCUGCCAUGAUGCUUACCACAUUGGUUGUGUGCCAGGGUACCAGGAUACACAGGCAGGGCAGCCUUGGCUGUGCCCGCUCUGCAGCCGAUCUGAGAAACCUCCUCUGGACAAAGUGCUGCCGCUGCUUGCCUCUCUCCAGCGUAUUCGAGUACGGCUCCCAGAGGGUGACGCGCUGCGGUUUAUGGUUGAGAGGACAGUGCAUUGGCAACACAGAGUGCAGCAGAUCUCACCUUUGACUCAGCAGUGUAAUGAAAAAAUGGGAACUUUUUCUGAAAAAACGUCUCCAUUCUUGGAUGGUAGUACUGGGUGCUUCUACAUGCACCAUUCAUGCAUUCCUCUCAGUCUUCUUAGUCCUGAAUUAGAGGAGCUGCUUGUGGAAGGACUCCUUCUACAAGUGACUUUGCCUGAGCUGCAGCAUCUCUAUCAGGGGUUCUUUCCCUCUCAGCAUGCCCUUCAGAGCAGCGAGCAUGACCACCAAUACCACAUUGCACAGGACAGUAGAAUGAUUUACAAAACCCAACCCCAAGGGAAAAUCCAGGAUUUAGAGUUGCAAAAUGUCAGUGAGACAAUAGAGAAGAACCCCAAGAGGCACUUGGAAAAGGAGAAUGCUGAUGAGCACUACAGAGGUGCUGUUAAGAAGCCCAAGAAUAAAAAGUCUAGGAUAAACAGGGAGAGGACACGUGAGAAAAUAACCAUCUCCUCAUCUGGUUUGAGCUUAGACCCAUCAUUUUCAGAGGAAUCUGAAGAGGACUGGUCUAUGUGCUCGGCAAAGCAAUGUCAACAGCCACAGGGAUACGAGGUAAACUGGGUUCAGUGUGAUGGCAAUUGCAACCAGUGGUUCCACCAAAUUUGUGCGGGUGUGUCUGCUGAGCAGGCUGAGAACGAAGACUACAUUUGCACCAACUGCUCAGUAAAAUGAUUUGACACCAUAAGGACCAAAACUCUUUGGAUAAAGAAAAGUUGGAUCACCAGAUAUUUCUCGUAGCCCUCCGAUGUCCCAGUCAAUCCUCCUUGUCAUGUUGGAACUGUAGGAUUAAAACAGAGCCCUUAGAAAGUUUUGGCAUUUUUCAUCAGGACCGGGCACAAAGAUGUACCUCAGGUGUUUAUAUUCCAUAAAUACAUGGUAGAGGGACAUUGUUUUCCCCAAUGUAAAAUUGGAUUCGCUUUCCACAUUUCCUAAAAUACUAAUUAAUCUGAUCACAUAGCUCAAGGGCUGAUCAAGAUGUUAUCACCAAAUUAGAUGAAUUGAGCUAAAUGGAAAGCUAUGAAUUUAUUUUAAAAAAAAAAAACAUAUUUAGUACACGUCUCUAGUAUGCUUAUUUAUUUAUCCCAGCAAUGACUAAGCUGGCUACUUGAUUUUCUUCAGCUUCAUUUUCUUUGAUUGCUUUAUUCCAUUAACAUUGGUUGUAAAGAAUCCUGAUUUAGGGUGCCCAAGUGAUGUAGCAGACAGGAAAAGUGUGAAAUAUACUUUGUGACCUUUCUUUUCUUUUCUUUUUUUAAAACAAACUAUCAGAUGUUCGUUGUGAAAUAAAAUGGUUUGUUCUUGUUUGCAGUUUCAAUACCACAA